AUGAAGCUGGAGCUGCCUGUUAGCUUGUGGACAGAGACUUGCGUCAUUAUCAAGCUGACGCCGCAUUUCCUCAGCGCGUUGUCAGGUAACGGAAGGCAUGAGUCUCAUUCAUCGCGGAAUUCAUCCACCUUGAGACGCAGAGACACGUUUCCAAACAUUCGCGCGGCAGGAAAGCUCAUUCCAGUUGGUGACACAACUAAGACUUGUCUGCAAGAAAUUACACCAGGAACUGUAACUCCACCUGUGGUGAAAAAGUUUGUAAAUUCUGCUCAGCCACCCGUUGGGACAGUUCGGGUCUACCAUGGAAAAGCAAACGAUCCUGAUAUUGCCAGCACACUAGUCCAUGGUGUGAACACUAAAUCAUCCAUUAAUGCUGGAUCAGUGAUCAAUCCUGCACCAAAAACACACUUCCAAGAGAGGCUGUGUCAUUUUCAUGAAUUCAGUUAUGCCAACUAUCAGAAAGCUCCUCUUGGGAGGUCAGGAGUUCAAGGCUCUGGUUUACCAAGCUGGCUCGAUGCUGAGAAAUCCACUUUUGGUGUUACAACGCUCCAGUUAUCUAACGGCGGUGAGGUCAUCAAUCCACCCAAAACCACACAUCAGGUGAAGAAGGAAGCGGAUGAGGGACACCAGCUCUACAUUCGCUCACACGGAUCCUAUUUUGUAGGAGAGCGUGUGGACAGAAAAUACAAUUGCAAUCCCUAUAGGAGAGAUAGUAGGUUUGGUGUUCCAACGCCUCAUUACAAUGAUGGGAGAACCAUCUCCAGAUCUCUGCGGUGGCCCUGUGACUCACUAAUGCACAACAGCACAAAAUUAGUUUCCAAACGCUGCGACGACUUCAGAGAGAAGACUCAGCCGCAAACAGGCAAAGUUCAUGAUCCAAUUGCAGAGACAUUAAACAUUCCCAGUGAUCACACAUUGAUGAAACCUGACAGCUUUGGUGUGGGUGACCUGCUCCAUCAAACUCCACCUGGCGAGUACCUGAAAGGUAAAGACAGACAGCGAGCCGUGGUCAGUGCCAUUCGCCAGCACCUCAAAAAGUCCAACAACCAGAACUUCAGCUCAUUACUGGAAGCAUUCAAAUACUACGACAAGGUCAGCGGCUGUUCUCAUUGCAUAAUUGCUUAA